AUGUUACAUUCGAGAAGGUCCCGUCAAAGCAAGGCAAUAGACUCCGAGGCGGUUGCCGCUGCAGCUGCAAUUGGGAGAGCUUUGGAUCAAAAAGGCACCAAAGUGGACGCCGACAAAUUGCCGCGCUACAAUAGCAGUUCUCGGUCAAAUUCCAUGGUUCGGUCGAUGUCGAUGAGCGGAAGAAAUAACAGUCUACGCUCCAAACGAGACUCGGUGCGUACCUCGAGCUUACAGACGAAAAAAACAAGAGUUAGAAGCAGCAUCGAUGAAAGCGAGUUUUUCGACGCACAGGACACGUUCCAACAAUUCGGUGGGCCUCAGGCGCAUACCAAACCCGCAACGGUAAAGAAAUACGUUCCUGGGCCAACUGGGUUGCGACUCGUUGAAGUUCCAGUCGCAGAUGUCCAGAACCCCUCCAGCAGGCGUUCAAGUCUCACCAGACGUUCGCCCUCAACGAAUAGCGGUCUCUCCUCACGCAAUAACUCAUUGCGUUCAGACUCCUUGCGGCGGAAGUCGUCGUUGGGAUCUCAGUCGGCAGAGACCAGAAACACCGUUCAAAAUAAAGUUAGCGCUCGCAAGAAAAUUGAAGCUCCUAAUAGUCCCCUCCGAAGCCAUAAUCCGCGCAGUAAUCUGGUACAACAGUCUCUUGAGGAAGAAACAGACGAGCAGCUUCAGAAGGAACGUCAAAACAAAGACGUGGUUAACCCCAUUGUCUUACCUUCGUCGCCCAGAAAGUCCGCGACGUCAGCUCCUUCUCACCAAGUUAAAACUGAGAAAGUCAAUUCAAAACCCGUUGUACUAAUAGCUCCUUUUACAGCCAAACCCGAGAGCCCCACCCCACCAUCCCCCCCAAAAGUCCUUAUUUCACCACCAGGGGAGGACCUCACAGAGACACCAGAAGACAGUGCAGUUCCAGAAUUUCGUGUUACGGAUACACCCAGUGAUUCAGACUCACCAGUCAAAACAGUUGAAGAUGUUAUUAACGAAGACAAAUUGACAGACGAAAUCCCCAUAUCGAAAGAAAUAAAAUCAGAAACGAGCCCCGAACAUGGUACUGCUGCUCCAGACAAAAAAGACUCGGGCAACAGUAUGGCCAAAUACCUCCGCUCGGCUAAUCGAUACCUUAAUAAGGCACAUGAAGCAGCCAGGGAUGAAUACUCGGAUGCAUCUGACAAUGUGACUGAAAAUGGCGGCAAAGAAGCAGUUGUAAGCUCACCGGCUUCACCUCCAAUGGCCAGAGUCACAUCUCCUAUGAAGUCCGCCCUCAAACAGUCUUUGAACAACAAUUCUGGCAAUGGCACUUACUCUCAAGAUUCAAAUUCUACAGCCCAUGACGCGUACGUCUCUUUAGCGACUGCUCAGAACACAAGACUAAACGCACAGCUCUCCAACGAACCGCCCCAGCGCCAGCCUUCUGUUCGGAGAACUAGACCUCAAUCUAUGACGAAUGGCAACAGCAGGGUGCCCAAAAAAGAAGAUGCAACGAGACAAAAGCAUCGCUCUGUCCAGGCGUUACCAAAAUCUGACAUCCAGCCGCCGGCAAGAUCUAGAAUGCGACCAGACUCAUCUUCAAAAAAACCAGUCACAAAGCCUGGGAGUCACGCCAAGCAGCAGUCACGAAAUGACCCAUCCAUAUUUUACCCUCCAGAGCCACCACAAAAGCGCUCUAGCUUUGAAAGAGUAAGACCCGAUCAAACGCAUACGGGAUUCAAAAAGCUAUCGCUAAGAGACUCAAUGGCAGACGGACCGAGCGAUACAAUGCCAGCAGGAAAAAUGGACAUUUCAACACCUACGAAAGGAAAGAACCCUCCUGCCUCUUUGUCACAGCAAGCUCCUUUGUCAUCGGGAGAAAAAUGGAGCUCAAGAUUCCAAGAUUCGGACUCGGAAGAUGAGGGUGGGCCAAUGCCGGCCCCACAACAGAAUGCCACACAUUCGACUGGAAAGAGUGGAGUUUUUUCUUUCAAAAAUAAAAAGGACUCUUUGUUCGAACCACCACAGCCACGCUAUGCUCAAUCUGCGACCGCCCCGAACUCGAAGCAUAAUACACCUAACAAAAAGUUUAGUUCUCUAUCACUAAGGUCUGUGAGUAGUUCGGGAAAUGCCAUGCCAGCUAAAACGGGCAACACCUUGAGCAAUCGUUUCUUAAGCGAGCAGUUGCCUUCUGGAGGUUCAGGAAAUGAUGAGCCUGUCAAAAAGAAGAGCUUUGGCAAAAAAUUAAAAAAGCUGUUUGGUAGAAAGAAGUGA